CAAAAAAUAGCUCGAUUUUUUCUCAGGUAUUUACAUCAGUGACUUGAACCAAGAAGGUGAAUUGCUCGAUUUUCUCUCAAUUCGUCCCUGAGUAGCCACAAGGACUCUUCGAAUAUGUCGCAGGAUCCUGUGGCAGACACGCGCUUUGGCUCCUCCGACGUGAUGGCAGACACGCUAUUACCCGGAGGUGGCGGCCAGACCCAGAUGGACAUAACUCGGUUUGGGGCCAUUGGUGGCGGCAUCGAUGCAACGCAGCUACCAGCUGCACAGCACACGCUCAUCGGAGGGGACCGAGGCUCCCCAAAUAUCAAUCAAACAAGGCUGAAUGGGCAACAUCAGCAGCGCGCAUUGGCAGGGCCAGGGGCGGAACUGAAUACCCAGCUCAACCGCUUUCAGGAAGAAGCGGAUAUCGACGGACCAGCAGCCUUGGAUCCUAAGAUCGUAAUACAACAGCCAGAAACGCCACCCAGAGCCAGCCAAGAGUUGAACGAUGUCGCAGAACCAACGCCCCCUAGACCACCGAGCGUAAACUUUAUCUCACUAAACAUCAGUAUUUUUUUCUAGGUAUCAAGGAUCCUAUUUUAGAUAAGCGCUACACCUCUAGUUCAGGUAGAAUCAUCAUCAAUGUUGUUGCGGAUCAUCAUCAUGUUCCUAUUCGGACGAUAUGGAUAAAGCUGUAGCAAUGAUGACCCGUGGUGUUGAUUUCACAAAUUAAUUCUUCAUUUCAUUUGUUCAUUUCAACAGGCGCCGGGCUACCAAGAGCACGUUGUGAUGGAAUGGACCUUCGAUUGGUUACGAUAUUUGAUUACCCUCAUCGGCGCUUUUCUCUCUUUCCUCGUUCCUCUUUGUGCAGUCUCAUUCCGAAACUCGGAUGGGUAUUUGUAGGGAGUUGCUGCUGUUUUAUUAGACCUGCUACUAGAAGAUCAUCAAAAUUAAAAUUUAUAUUUCGUAUCACCCUGCGCUUUACGAUUAAUCAUUUCCGUAAAAGAGCCUACUUCAAUAAUUGCUAGAGUCGCACAGAAGCAACACAGCGUCUAGUACAGCAGCUUCAAAAAAUUUCAUAGUACCACCCCACAGCACUGCAGGUUUGCGGUUUGGCUAUUGUGCACUUGGUUUCUCAUACUUGUGACCGCUAGCGUUCCAGUGACAGGGUGGGAAGCCAUUCGGCCGUUGAGUCAGGUGGAAAUUGGCAACGCAAUCUUCAAUCCGCCCAGUGCCAAGGACGAUGACCUUUAUCUGACGGUACUGUUGGACUGCAAGACUGAAUCUCGCAGAUGCACCCCUUCAUCUCAUUCGUACAGAGGCGCAAUAAGCAACGCCAAUAUAUCAUAGGACUCGAAUACUCAAAAUUUGCGAGUAAGCAACACAAUAACCGAGUAUCUGAGAUUAUUCCCUAGCGUACUCGGUUAUUUCAGUUUUUCGAUUAAUCAUCUCGAACUCCGUGUCCUCCUCAGAGGGAUGAAGCUUUGUCGUAACGCAGGUUGCACGGCGUGACUUGUUCCUUUUCGUUAUGUGGGUAGGAGUCCUACAGCUGUGUUGUUUUUUCGUCGUUGAGUACCCGAUCGCCAGUCGGGCGGUUCUCUACGUCGUUCUCGGCUUAGCGUUCUACUUCUACUACAUGACCGAGCUCCUGUUGAACAAAUACUCGAACCAUCCACGGCGACUCCUGUUUCACGCGAAAUUCGCCCAAUCACCUUUCGUACCGGACUCCUUUCUGGAUGGCAAGAUUGCAAGGACGUGGUAAAACUACGCUUUUUAUUUCUCCCGUUGUCCGAUGUUCUGUGGUGAACCGAACUGUGAAACUUUGUUAUAUUUAUAAUUCGGCUUAUUAAUAUUGUCUCGUCCAUACCACGCAGAACCCAUUCUAAGUAAUGCAAAGCCUGGCAGUAUUUAGUGGGAUGAUGCAUUAAUGCGACGUGCCUUCCGCCACUACAACUACAGGUUGGAUUUUACUCGUUUCGGGUUGUUUGUGUUUUUUUUCACGUGCGGAGUGGUCAUUGGUCAAUACAACCGCGAGCGCAGUGCGGGCCCGGCGCUGCAGAUGGCGAACGGCCGGAGCUACUCCUACGUCGAGGCGACUGACGCGAUGGAAGACCUGUACGAUGGCUCUCUUUUCCGGUUCACACCGGACACGAAAGUGGACGCGUUUCGCUCGUUCGGCUACAAGGAAAACGCCAACACAUACUGUAGUGCGCCCAUUCUUGAGACAGCCACAGCAAGCGCCCCAGUGUACACAUGGGCUGUGGGGAAAAAUUGUUGCAUGCCAAGAGGAGAUUUCUGGUGCACAGCGGAAUUUGCGUAUUAUAACUCGAUCAUUCUUCUGCUUCGCUGAUUCUCUAAUACUCUCCACGCGAAAUAUAGAAAACAUUUUGAAUUUCGUCGACUAAACUAAUAAUUCACAGCAUCUGUUUUUUGUGAUCAUUACUUUAUCCAGUCGAAACAAUCAGGUAUGAGGUGCAAGCGAGCGACGACGAACCAUCAGUCCUUUGGGGCAAGACGGGCAAGACGCGCGAGGCAGUCCGCGCUUUUGUGCCGGAUGCCGAUCGGCUAGGGUACAUCCGUUCGGUACGAAGUGCUAUAGCCUCCUACGGGUUCCCGCAGAUCGUGGAUGAGCACGUGGUCAAGCUGGUGUUUUGGACCCCAGACGCUGCUGCCAUUGAAACCUCGCUCCGAAGGCGAGGUGCAACGUUUGUCCUUGUCGUGCUGAGUCUUUUCCUGGUGCUUGCAGGUGCGUUCGCGCUGGCGCCUGGAGCAGGGAUUGUGAGGAGGAUUGUUGUAAUUGAUCGCGAGCGUCGCGGGCUGCGGUGAAUACCCGAGAUGUUUAAACAUGUAUACCUUGUUCAUAAUCCAUGGUGAUGAUUCACACGCAUCGCAUCAACAGAAAGCACACAUUGAGCCACAGGCUCGCAUUACAAUUCUGAAUGAAUGUGUUGCGAUCACAUGUCUGCUUGUGCGGACUUGAAUUUGCAAGCUGCUUUUAUAGCGAGUUUUCAACUACGCUGUUGCAACUGCAAGUAACAUGAUUGUUGCUACAGCACUAGAUAUUUCUGCUCUGUCGUGGAUUGCUUUAUUUUCGUGCGAG